UAGAGAAUGAACUGAAUGGAUAGUGAAGAUCAAGUUCCUUCCUCUCACUUUUGUUCCCUUUUCUCUCCACAGGAACUUUUUACACCUGAAUGCAAGUUUAAAGAAUCUGUUUUUGAAAAUUAUUAUGUAAUCUACUCCUCCAUGCUGUACAGACAACAGGAAUCUGGUAGAGCCUGGUUUUUGGGAUUAAAUAAGGAAGGGCAAGCUAUGAAAGGAAACAGAGUAAAGAAAACCAAACCAGCAGCUCAUUUUCUACCCAAGCCAUUGGAAGUUGCCAUGUACCGAGAACCAUCUUUGCAUGAUGUUGGGGAAACAGUCCCGAAGCCCGGGGUGACGCCAAGUAAAAGCACAAGUGCGUCUGCAAUAAUGAAUGGAGGCAAACCAGUCAACAAGAGAGGAUAA